AUGCCAUCAGUCUCCAAAAAGGCCCUGCUCGGGCUGUUCAUGCUCGCAGCAUUAGGGCGAGCUGAAGAAACCACUGACGGCGUCGUCAAUGACGUUGUACCUGGCUUUCCCUAUGGAUCGGAGAAGGUCCGUGGUGUUAACCUCGGAGGAUGGCUAGUGCUGGAGCCCUGGAUCACUCCCUCGAUCUUCGAUAAUGCUGGGGAGAGCGCUGUCGAUGAAUGGUCACUUUGUGCCACUCUCGGCGCUGAGCAAUGUCGCUCUGUCCUGGAGCAGCACUGGUCUUCUUUCGUCACGGCUGAUGACUUCAACCAAAUUGCCGCGGCAGGCAUGAACCACGUCCGUAUCCCCAUCGGCUACUGGGCUCUGAAGCACUUGAACGGUGAUCCCUAUAUCGACGGUCAGCUGGCUCACCUCGACAACGCGGUGAAAUGGGCUCGUACCGCUGGCCUGAAGGUGCUGGUUGAUUUGCACGGCGCUCCUGGCUCUCAAAACGGGUUCGACAACAGUGGUAAACGCGGCUCUAUUGGCUGGCUUCAGGGCGACACCUAUGAGCCUACCAAAGACGCUCUCAGGGAUCUUGCUAAGCGCUACGCGGGGGACACCGAUGUGCUUACUGCCAUCGAGGCUGUGAACGAGCCUCUCGUGCCCAGUGGCGUGAGUGAGGACGGUCUGAAGCAGUACUACUGGGAUUCCUGGGGUGUCGCCCGUGAAGCCAGCCAGAACACUACCGUGGUCCUGCACGACGGCUUCCUUCCCACCGAAUCAUGGAACGGAUUCAUGACUGCGUCCGCCGGUGUCUGGUUCGUGAUGAUGGACACGCACCACUACGAGGUCUUCGACGACAGUCUCCUCGCUAUGACCCCCAGCACCCACGCCAGCAACGCCUGCAACUUCUCCGCUGAGCACGUCCAGCACUCCGACAAGUGGACUGUUGUGGGCGAGUGGACCGGCGCCAUGACCGACUGCGCCAAGUACCUGAACGGAAAGGGCAUUGGCGCUCGCUACGAUGGCUCUUACCAGGGAAGCACGGCUAUCGGCACAUGCGAUGGCAAGUACCAGGGCACCACCAGUGACCUGCCCCAGGCUGAGCGGGAUGGUAUCCGUCAGUUCAUCGAGGCCCAGCUUGACGCCUUCGAGAAGGGCUCUGGCUGGCUCUACUGGACCUGGAAGACGGAGGGUGCUCCUGAGUGGGACAUGCACAUGCAGCUUGCUGCCGGGGUCUUCCCUAACCCCGUCACUGAGCGCAAGUUCCCCGGCCAGUGCUAG